AACAGCUCUGCAACACGCUUGACCAGACACCAUGUCUCUCCGACUUCCCAGUGGCUCCAGGAGGGCCUGUGCCCGUCCCACCACGGGGUCGCUCAGGCUCUCGGGUGGGGGAGCCAGCUUUGGGGCUGGAAAUGCUUGCAGCCUGCCUGGAAUUGGAAGUGGCUUCUCCUGUGCCUUUGGGGGCAGUGCAUUGGGAGGAAAUGCAGGCGGGAGCAAUUCCUGUGCUGGCUUUACUGUGAAUGAGGGGGGCCUCCUCUCUGGGAAUGAGAAGGUGACCAUGCAGAACCUCAAUGAUCGCCUGGCCUCCUACCUGGACAACGUGCGAGCUCUGGAGGAGGCCAACGCAGACCUGGAGCAGAAGAUCAAGGGCUGGUAUGAGAAAUUUGGGCCUGGAUCUUGCCGUGGUCUGGAUCACGACUAUAGUAGAUACUUCCCUAUAAUUGAUGAUCUCAAAAGUCAGAUCAUCGCUUCCACCACCAGCAAUUCGAAUGCUGUUCUACAGAUCGAUAAUGCCAGGCUGACAGCGGAUGACUUCAGACUCAAGUAUGAAAAUGAGCUGGCUCUUCACCAGAGCGUGGAGAGUGAUGUCAAUGGGUUGCGCAGAGUCCUGGAUGAAAUAACCCUGUGCCGGACAGACCUGGAGAUUCAGUAUGAAACCCUGAGUGAGGAGAUGACGUACCUCAAAAAGAACCAUAAAGAGGAAAUGCAAGUUCUGCAGUGCGUCGCUGGGGGCAACGUGAACGUGGAGAUGAACGCGGCGCCCGGGGUGGACCUCACGGUUCUGCUGAACAACAUGCGGUCUGAGUACGAAGCACUUGCGGAGCAGAACCGCCGGGAUGCGGAGGCCUGGUUCAAUGAGAAAAGCGCUUCCCUGCAACAGCAGAUCUCUGAGGAUGUGGGCGCCACAACCUCCGCCCGGAAUGAGCUGACUGAGAUGAAGCGCAAUCUGCAAACACUGGAAAUUGAACUUCAGUCUCUCUUAGCCACGAAACAGUCCCUGGAGUGCUCUUUGACGGAGACAGAAAGCAACUACUGUGUGCAGCUGGCCCAGAUCCAGGCUCAGAUCGGGGCCCUGGAGGAGCAGCUACACCAAGUCAGAACCGAGACCGAGGGCCAGAAGCUCGAGUACGAGCAGCUGCUGGACAUCAAGGUCCUCCUGGAAAAAGAGAUUGAGACCUACUGCCUCCUCAUAGGCGGAGAUGACGGGGCUUGCAAAUCUGGAGGUUACAAGACUAAAGAUUAUGGGUCUGGAAACAUGGGAAGUCAAGUCAAAGAUCCAGCCAAAGCCAUAGUGGUUAAGAAAGUUCUGGAGGAGGUAGACCAACGCAGCAAAAUACUGAGCACCAGGCUCCACUCCCUGGAAGAGAAAUCUCAAAGUAAUUAAUUUGAGACACAAGAGCUAGCAUAUGCCAAAUGCUUUCCGAGAAGAAGAGGCAUUAUAUGUAUCUGCCAAGAAAAAUGAGCAAGUCUAAAAGAAGUCUGUCCCUUUGUCUUUCUGUUACUGAAAUAUCACCUCUAGCCAUCAAUAGUUGUAUCUCCCAUUCAUCUGCAAGAACGUCACAUACAAAUGUGAUGACUCAUUUGAAUACCUUGUAGAAAAUGUUGCCAAUUCUUUGUGUUCAAUAAACCUUCCUUCAGCAAGUUA